AUGGCAUCGUACGGUGGCUACACACGAACAGGCUAUGGCGCCCAAGGCGGCGAAGAGGGUGGUGGCUUCAUGGGCGGAUCACAACAACAAGGCAGCCAGGGCGGCGCGACAAAGAGCCACGCGGACGACUCCCUCCGGCCAGUAACCAUCAAACAGCUCGUCGACUGCAAGGAAGCAUACCCAGGAGCAGACCUAGCUAUCGACGGCCUGCCGGUGACACAGGUGACACUCGUGGGGCAGGUGCGGAGCGUCAACCCGCAGACGACCAACGUGACAUACCGGAUCGACGACGGGACGGGCGUCAUCGACGUAAAGAAAUGGGUCGACGCCGAGAAGGCCGACGACCCGGACCACACGGACCCGCGCUUCGCCCCGGACACGUACGUGCGCGUCUGGGGCCGUCUCACCUCCUUCAACGGCCGCAAGCACGUCGGCGCCCACUGCAUCCGCGCCGUCACGGAUUUCAACGAGGUCAACUACCACAUGCUUGAGGCUACGUAUGUCCACCUGUGUUUGACCAAGGGCGGGCCGCCUGGGCAACAGCAAGGCGGAGGCGGCAAUGCUGCGGGAGGGGAUGCCAUGUUUGUCGACCAGGCUGGGUAUGGUGGCGGCGGCACCGGCGCUGGUGGCAAUGCGGGAGGGUUCGGCUCGGGUUCCAUGGCCGCCGUGGCGGCAUGCUCGAAAAACGCCAAGAACGUGUUCAACUUUAUGGCGAAUUCGCCUGGCGGCAACGAGGGCUUGCAUAUUAACUUUAUUGCGAGCGGCAUGGGCAUGUCGAUUAGGGACGUGCUGAGCGCUGUGGAUGAGCUGAUGGGGCAAGGCGCGUUGUACAACACGGUGGACGACGAAACAUUUGCCAUCCUGGACUACUGA